AUGGAGCAGGGACGGGAAUCAACACUGCUGCAUUCGCAGCCGGAGCUGACGCCGCUGGAAGCCGAGGUCCUGGAGGAGUACGAGAAGCUGGCGGACAAUAUGAAAAAGCUCGCCUCUACACUGGAAGACCUCAGCAGCUCCCCGAGCACCGAGAUCCUUGAUGGCCUGCGUGAGCUGGAGCGCAAAACGAGCCUGGUCUUCACGCUCCUCAAGGCGAGCGUGUACAGCAUAGUGCUGCAGCAGGAAAUCGACUGGGGCGACCGGGCGGGGAGCCAAGGCGACGACCGGGAGGACGAGGAAGAGUGA